AUGGCAGAGCUGGACGAGCGCGGGGAGGGCACUGCGGGGGCUCCCGCGCUCACCGGCCCCUGCCUCGCAGACAACAGGCUGAAUCUGGAUGUUUAUCCUGACGGCUGCUGCCGCUUCCUCCAGCUGUUUGAGAGGCGCGGGGGAGACCUGGCCCAGGUGGAAUUCGUCCGGCUCAGCGGCAACGAUCGCCUCCUUGGCGCCACGCUGGGCAUCCUCCCUCAUCUGAAGAGCCUGAAAUCCCUCGUGCUGAAAGGUGGCCAUGCCCGGGACGAAUUUGGCUCGUGUCAGCCUGGUUCUCUGACAAAUUUGCCACCGGACUUUGGGAACCUGAGGUGUCUCACUCACCUGGAUCUCAGCUUCAAUCGCCUUUCCACCUUGCCCAGCUGCAUCCCCCACCUCCCCAGCCUCCGUGUGCUCCUGGUGAGCCACAACAGCCUGGUGGUGCUGCCUGAAGACUUUGGCUGUCUGAGCAAGCUGACUUUCUUCUCUGCUAUGAAAAACCAGCUGAAGGACUUACCGCAGAGCAUUGGGGAGCUGGCAGCGCUGCAGGACCUGGAUCUCUCGGAAAAUGCCUUGGAAUACCUCCCUGAUGAGGUUGGAAAUCUGCGCAACUGCACAGAACUGGAUCUCUCUGGGAAUCGGUUAUCGAGUAUCCCAGACUCUUUAGCCAAUUUGAAGUCUCUGCGGCGGCUGCAUCUCCACAGCAAUCUCCUGGUGACAGUCCCCGCGUCACUCGCCAGCCUGCCCAACUUGUCCAGACUCGAUCUGCAGAACAACUGCCUCCGAGCCGUCCCCGCCGAGAUCCAGACCUCGCCGUUUGUGCACCUCCGCGGCAACCCCUUAGGAGAAGCCGAGCCCUCCCCACAGGCUGAUGAAUCCAGUGCCAGAAGGCUACAAAGACUGUUUCUUGCAUCAGGAGAGGACAGCUUUACUGUGACCUCUGAAGGCUGCAAAGUAGUCCUGGCCUGUGGCAUCCGUUUCUACUUUCCUCCGGGGGCUGCCUCUGACCCUCAGCGCAUUCACUUCCGCACCCUUGCACCAGACCCCCAGUGGGUGAAGCUGCGGCACCACGACGUCCUGCUGAGCACGGUCCUGGAGCUGCGGCCUCACGGAGUUGAAUUCCAGCAGGAGGUGGAAAUCUGGAUGCCGUAUGCCUCCCCUCAAACCCUUCACCAGCGUGAGGUGGUAGUUCGCACCUUUAGUGGGCAGAGCUGGAGCGAUUUGAGAACAAAAGUGGAGCAGAAGAGAAAAUCAAAGAAGCAUGUGGCUUGUUGUAGUGUCCUUCACUUCUCCUGGUUUCUAGUUGUGUCUCGGCUUGUGGAGAAUGAAUGCAAAGUGCCAACAGAGGGGACGUUGCUCUUUUCUAGCGUGGAUCCAAACAUCAAAGUGACCUUCCCUCCUGGAGUCACUGAAGAGACUCGCAGUGUCAAACUGCAGGUGCUGCCGGUCUCUGCGGAAGAGGUAGAGGAAAUCACGGCCAAUGUGGGCUGCAGGGCCAGUCCCCUGCUCUGCCUCUCCCAGGAUUCCCCGGUGGAUUUUCUCAAACCAGUGAGAAUUCAGCUCCCCCUCCCACUUGGGGUCACAGGGUUAAACUUGGAUCGGUCCAGGCUGCACCUUCUCCAUGGGGACCUGCAGGGCCAAACCUGGGAUGACAUUACCAGUCAGGUGGUGCUGGAAUUCACCCAUCUUUAUGCAAUAUUUGAAGUCACCCACUUCUCCUGGUACUGGCUGUGGUACACCACCAAGACCUACAUUGGAGGCAUUGCCAAGAAGGUCUACGAGCGAUUGCGUUUGUACCAGGUGAACUUCAUUGCUCUGCAAAGGAAGAAAGACCCCGAGCAAGUCCUGCUUCAGUGUGUCCCCAAGCACAAGGUUGACCCAGUGCUGAAGAGGCUGCAGGACCGCUACCGAGGACCUGAACCAUCUGACAUGGUGGAGAUGUUUGAGGGAGAGCAGUUCUUCGCCGCUUUUGAGCGAGGCAUCAGCAUUGAUAUGGAUCGCCCUGACUGUGUGGAUGGACGUCUCUCGUUCAUUUUUUACUCGCACUUGAAGAACAUGAAAGAAAUCUAUGUGACGUCCCCUGUAGACAGGAAAGGCCAAGCUGUAAAAGGCCAGGUCUCUUUCUACCGAGGGGCAGUUCCUGAGAGCAUCCCUGAAGAUGCCAGCAGGAGGAGGAAAGGACCAGACUCCCUCUGGCUUGCUACUCUGCCAAUCAAACUGCCUAGAUUGAAACCCCGCUGGGGUGAGAAUCCCGGUCCCCUGAACGGCUUCUCCUUCCCUCCUCUGAACCUGGGGAACGCCGAGACUGGCUACCUGACACAGGCAAACCUGCUGAGCAUUGCCAGGCGUGUGGGAGCCGACUGGCAGACCAUCGGCUUGAACCUGGGGUUGACCUAUCAACAGAUUGAGCGCAUCAGCUACAAUAACAGAGAGGACCUUGAUAAACAGAUCCUGGACAUGCUUUUCUCGUGGGCUCAGCAAAACUCUGAGGAUCCUGACUGUGUGGACAAGUUGAUCACAGCCAUGAAGGAGAGUGGCCGCCAGGACAUUGCUGAUGAGAUUGAGACCAUCAUUGAGCUGGGUCGGCAGAAAUACAGGGAGUCCAUCCGCCGUGUGGGCUUGGAGCAGGAGAGCAGCACUGAGGACUCCGCAAUAGCCAUGGUGUAGCACCUCGCAGAAACAGCCGAGUUUCCUAUGGACGUGCCUCUGCGUGCCCGGAGUGACAACGCCUGGGGGCUGCUCCCUGCUCAAGGGCCAUUAUCCUCCGGAGGUGGUGAACACUGAUUCACUUGUGAGCAGACUACCACACGCUGUUAGGGCUAGGCUCACGUGUUACUUCUGCUAAUCCCAGAAAGUUUACAGUGUGUCUGUGAGCCUUUUCUGUACUUCCACUUCCUGACUUUGAGCUUUAGAUUUCAGGAACAUGGAGAAGUUCACAGCCUGAAGUGGCUGUCAGUUGAGUAGCAGCUGAAGUAGCCUUUAAUGAAUUAAUAUUCAUGUCACAUAUAUUUAUAUGUAACUUAUUUGUGAAGCCGUCUUCUGCUAGAAACACAGGGCGUGAGCAUUGCCAGUGGGUCUGUUUGUGCUCCAGGGCUUAGUGGGAAAGUGGAGGUGCAAUCAUGUUAUGAAGUCCCAUGGUGUGGUGGGGACUGCUCAGCUAUUUCUGUUAAUUCCAGGUAUUGCUCACAGUCCUGUAAUGUCCAAGCACUUCAGAGUCUUUUGUGUGGAAAAACUGAAGUGGAAAAUGUUUCCCCCUUCAAUCUCCAAAUUCCCCAUGAAAAUCUUCUCUAUUUUAUGCCAAAUCUCUUCAAGGCCAAAACAACACCUAAGUAUUAGUGGGGAAAAAAGGAUUGAAAGAAUUUCUGGCAAAAUUGUUCUUUUUUUUUGGUUGCGCUCCAAAAACUAUUUUGGAACAAAUAAAAUCUCACAAAAUAAAAUCUCACAGGCCCCUGUACCUGGCACGCUUUUUAGAUGAGACCUACAUGCUGAUAGUCUUUGUCCAAGUUCCAUUUUUAUUUUACAAAUAAGUAAAAAACCAUCACCUCGAUGUUCUGGACAGACUCUAACUUGGGUCAACCUUCCAGUUUUGCAAUCUGAACAUCUUACAAGACUAUAAGUGCUUAUUACUUUUUAGCUACCCAGUCUCUGUCUCCGGAGGUGCCCUUCCCUUCAUGGCACCCAUCUCAUACUGGGCCUCGUCUACUGGCACACUAGUGAUAGCGGCAAGUUUUAUGCAAGCUGCUUGGGAGACUACUGUAAUCCAUGUAUAUUCAAGCCCUUCAAGACAGCUUUGGAUUCAGCACAUCCCACCCUCCAAGCAAUAUUUAAAUAUUUCAGUCUGAACACUGGAAGUCUGUAUGAAAAUAGGAGGUUGCAACACCCAAAGUCAGCCUGCAACUGCGGGUUUGAGAAAAACUUUUGCUUUCUUCCCCCUUCUUUUUUUUUGUUCUUUUCUCCCUUUUUACUUGCUUUGUGCAAUGUCUCCUUCAGUGAUUUCCCUGAUGCUGUAUUUCAGACCUGCUAACAGUGCUGUCAACAGGCAUAAAAUUGUUCCUCUUUUUUUAAAGGAAAUUCCAAACUGUCAGGCUGCAGAGUGCUUGGUGGGUGCUGGAGCCCUGGGCAAGGACUUGCAGACUUGAGUUGUUGCCUUGGGCCUAGGGACUGACUCAGAUCUGAUUUUUUAGGCCGUGUUGCCCCUGCAGUGUCAGGUCAAGUUCAAGUCAACAGUCCUCUUCUGAAUGAGCGUAUUCCCUAGUAGCCUGUCUCAUAUGUACUUGCCUGUCAUUUCAAUGUGUACCAAUGAUGUAUUUGUUCUUUGCUCCAGUUUUGGAGAGAUGCAUUUGGGCAUAUUGCUCUCACUGGGAAUAAAAUAAGCACUUAACUAUUUCACAGCUUUGCACAGUCUGCAAAUCCAUGAAUGCCUUGAGGUGUGUGAGACACAGCCUGGUGCCUUUAAACCUGCUAGCAAAAAUACAGAUGAGCUUGGCUGUUCUGCACGGAAACAGGCAAAAGAGCCCGUGUCUGAGCACUUCCGGCUACGAACGGCAGGACAGAGCGCAGCUAGGCUAAUGGUACGACUGUAGCUCAGUUUUGCUGCAG